UAAAAAGUCCUAGUUGGUGUCUGACUCAAAUUUCAGGUUGUAAGACUUUUUCAGCCAAGCCGUUCUUCAUUUACGCAACUGAAUCAAAACAGUUAACCCUGAUGUACUCUAAACAGAGCAAGUUAUACUCCAUUAUUUUGCUUGCAGGUAUUGCUCUUUUCCUGAAAGCGGACAUCACUUUUUCAACUGAACUUGGAGACACACCCUGGUCUUAUGACCGAGGAAUAGCCGGAGCCAAAGGCCCGGAUGAAUGGGAAACGUUAAACGGUGACUGGUCUUGCAAUGGACGCAAACAGUCCCCAAUCGACGUGGUCACAGACCAGGUGAUGCAGAAAGACCCCACCAAUCCACCCAACCUGAGGCUGACAGUGGCUGGCAAUAAACCAAUCACCGGUGAGAUUAGGAACAAUGGAUAUGCGCCCACGUUCUUCCUCGCAGAGGAGUUGACGGUCAAGUUGGCAGGCGGUCUACUUCAGGAAAACUACUUUCUGAAGCAAUUUCAUUUUCACUUUGGCUGCAAUAAUACAGUCGGUUCGGAGCACACAAUUGAUGGCAACACGUAUCCGAUUGAGUUGCACAUGGUAUUUUGGGACAACACUAAUUACGCGACGUAUAAGUUGGCAGCUCAGGGAGAAGAUGGUCUGGCUGUGGUGUCUGUGCUUUACGAGCUUCCAAUGGCAAACAUUGGCACCACACCAGCAAAUAAUGCUCUGGAAAAAAUUGCGCGUCUUCUUAACAACGUUGUCGAAGAGAACAGCAAUUACGUGGUAACACAAAGCGAGGGGCUGCAUAUCGAGGACUUGGCACCAUUACUCGCGUCGCCAGAUGUUGCAGACAGGUUUUACAAAUACAAAGGAUCUCUUACGACUCCCGGGUGUUAUGAAUCGGUCACGUGGUUUGUGAUGAACAAUCAUCCACAGAUAACAGAGCAAGAAAUACUGGCAUUCCGAAAUCUACAAAGCAGCAAGGCGCAUGCUCAAGGUCCAAAUGUCGGUCGUAUGUGCAAUAACUUUCGAAACGUUAUGCCACUGAAUGGAAGACAGAUUCAUAGCAACAUCGUCCUAGAGUGAACAGAAAGUAUCCAUCUUUGUAUUUCUCGUAUCCACAGUAAGGCCUGGUUUUCAGACAUCACCGAGGAAGAAAGAGAAUGGAGACGAGGUUGUGUGCUAUCGCAACAGUCAUACAUUGAAAAUAAGAAUCAAUGCGACAAGAAAAGGAGAUGGUAACUAGGAAAUUAAAAUGUAACAUAGGA